AUGGCCCGGCGGCAGCGCCACCGCAGGACGCAGGGAAGCCAGCUAGCGAGUGGCGGCGGCGACGGCGGGCGGGCGGCGGUGGCAGUUCGCGGAGAGGAGGGUGACUGCUCCGAGGCCGGGUGGCGAUCGGGCGGAGACCUCGGUUCCUUUCUUCGCAUGAUCCCCUCGAUGGUGAAGUUAGACAUUCAUACUCUGGCCCAUCAUCUCAAGCAGGAACGCUUAUAUGUGAACUCUGAGAAACAACUCAUUCAGAGGCUCAAUGCAGAUGUGCUUAAGACAGCUGAAAAGCUGUAUCGUACAGCAUGGAUUGCUAAGCAACAGAGGAUUAAUUUGGAUCGACUUAUCAUAACCAGUGCUGAAGCUUCCCCUGCUGAAUGUUGCCAACAUGCCAAGAUUUUGGAAGAUACGCAGUUUGUUGAUGGAUAUAAGCAAUUGGGAUUCCAGGAGACUGCUUAUGGAGAAUUCUUGAGUCGAUUAAGGGAAAAUCCUCGUCUCAUUGCCUCCUCUCUGGUUGCUGGAGAGAAACUCAGUCAGGAGAACACACAGAGUGUUAUAUACACAGUUUUUACCUCCCUCUACGGCAACUGCAUUAUGCAAGAAGAUGAAAGCUACCUCCUUCAGGUUUUGAGAUACUUGAUUGAAUUUGAACUUAAAGAAAGUGACAACCCCAGGCGACUCUUGAGGAGAGGAACUUGUGCCUUCAGCAUCUUAUUUAAACUUUUUUCUGAAGGACUGUUUUCUGCCAAACUUUUCCUCACGGCUACUUUACAUGAGCCAAUCAUGCAGCUGCUUGUGGAAGAUGAAGAUCAUCUGGAAACAGAUCCAAAUAAACUCAUCGAGAGAUUCUCCCCAUCUCAACAGGAAAAACUCUUCGGAGAGAAAGGCUCAGAUCGAUUCAAGCAGAAGGUCCAAGAGAUGGUGGAUUCCAAUGAGGCCAAACUGGUGACUUUGGUGAACAAGUUUAUCGGUUAUCUCAAACAGAACACAUACUGCUUUCCACACAGUCUGAGGUGGAUCGUGUCACAGAUGUACAAAACUCUCUCCUGUGUAGACAGACUGGAAGUUGGGGAGGUCAGGGCCAUGUGCACUGACCUCCUGUUGGCUUGCUUCAUUUGCCCUGCAGUUGUCAAUCCGGAACAGUAUGGAAUCAUUUCCGAUGCUCCUAUUAAUGAGGUGGCAAGAUUCAAUCUGAUGCAGGUCGGCCGCCUGCUGCAGCAGUUAGCAAUGACUGGCUCGGAAGAGGGGGAUCCCCGGACCAAGGGCAGUCUCGGAAAAUUUGACAAAAGCUGUGUUGCUGCUUUCCUCGAUAUUGUGAUUGGGGGCCGUGCUGUGGAAACCCCGCCAAUGUCCUCUGUGAAUCUUCUGGAAGGAUUGAGCAGAACUGUGGUUUAUAUAACCUACAGUCAGCUCAUUACUCUGGUGAACUUUAUGAAGAGUGUGAUGUCUGGAGACCAACUGAGAGAAGAUAGAAUGGCUCUUGACAAUUUAUUGGCAAACCUGCCCCAGGCAAAGCCAGGGAAAAGCAGCAGUUUGGAAAUGACUCCCUACAAUACUCCUCAGUUGUCUCCGGCAACCACUCCAGCAAAUAAAAAGAAUCGAUUGCCUAUAGCAACCCGGAGCAGAAGCCGCACCAAUGUGCUAAUGGACUUGCAUAUGGACCACGAAGGGUCAUCUCAAGAAACCAUCCAGGAGGUGCAGCCGGAGGAAGUGCUGGUCAUUUCCUUAGGGACCGGUUCCCAGCUUACUCCAGGGAUGAUGUCAGAAAAUGAGGUCCUAAACAUGCAACUUUCGGAUGGAGGACAAGGAGAUGUCCCUGUUGAUGAAAACAAACUCCACGGUAAACCUGAUAAAACCUUGCGCUUUUCCCUCUGCAGUGAUAAUCUGGAAGGAAUAUCUGAAGGUCCUUCCAAUCGCUCCAAUUCAGUGUCCUCUCUUGACCUGGAAGGAGAGUCUGUGUCAGAACUGGGAGCAGGACCUUCGGGAAGUAACGGGGCUGAUGCUCUGCAGCUGCUGGAGCAUGAGCAAGCCACCACACAGGAUAAUCUUGAUGACAAGCUGAGGAAGUUCGAAAUCCGGGACAUGAUGGGACUGACGGAUGACAGGGACAUAUCGGAAACAGUGAGUGAGACCUGGAGCACAGAUGUCUUGGGAAGUGAUUUUGACCCUAACAUUGACGAAGAUCGUUUGCAAGAAAUUGCAGGUGCAGCAGCAGAGAACAUGUUAGGCAGUUUACUGUGCCUGCCAGGGUCAGGGUCAGUGCUUCUUGACCCCUGCACUGGUUCUACCAUAUCAGAGACAACAAGCGAAGCUUGGAGUGUAGAGGUUUUGCCAAGUGACUCAGAGGCCCCAGAUCUAAAGCAGGAGGAGCGCCUGCAGGAAUUGGAGAGCUGUUCGGGACUGGGUAGCACAUCUGAUGAUACGGAUGUCAGGGAGGUCAGUUCCCGCCCCAGCACACCAGGCCUCAGUGUUGUGUCGGGCAUAAGUGCCACCUCUGAGGAUAUUCCCAAUAAGAUUGAAGACCUGAGAUCUGAGUGCAGCUCUGACUUUGGGGGUAAAGACUCUGUCACUAGUCCAGACAUGGAUGAAGUGACUCAUGGCGCCCACCACAUGACCUCUCCCCCUUCUCAGUCAGAGUCUCUGCUCGCCAUGUUUGACCCACUGUCUUCACAUGAAGGGGCUUCUGCUGUGGUAAGGCCAAAAGUCCACUAUGCCAGGCCUUCGCAUCCACCACCAGAUCCUCCGAUCCUGGAAGGGGCUGUGGGAGGAAAUGAGGCCAGGCCGCCAAAUUUUGGUUCCCAUGGUUUAACUCCCGCCGAAAUGGAGGCAUUCAAGCAGCGGCAUUCUUACCCCGAGAGAUUAGUUCGCAGCAGGAGCUCGGACAUAGUGUCUUCGGCCCGGAGGCCCAUGAGUGACCCCAGCUGGAACCGCCGCCCAGGGAAUGAAGAGCGAGAGCUCCCUGCAGCUGCAGCCAUUGGUGCUACCUCCUUGGUGGCUGCACCUCAUUCGUCAUCUUCAUCCCCGAGUAAGGACUCCUCCAGAGGAGAGACUGAAGAACGCAAAGAUAGCGAUGAUGAGAAAUCAGACAGGAACAGACCUUGGUGGAGAAAGCGUUUUGUUUCUGCCAUGCCUAAAGCUCCCAUACCAUUUAGAAAGAAAGAAAAACAAGAAAAAGACAAAGAUGAUCUGGGGCCUGACAGAUUCUCAACACUCACAGAUGAUUCCAGCCCUCGGCUCAGCGCACAAGUUCAGGCCGCUGAGGACAUUCUGGACAAAUACAGGAACGCCAUUAAGCGAACCAGCCCCAGUGAAGGAGCAAUGGGCAGCUAUGACAAUGCAGAGGUUGUGGGUGACGGGGAAAGUGCACACGAUUCUCCUCGGGACGAAGCUCUGCAAAACAUCUCCGCGGACGACCUCCCGGACUCCGCGAGCCAAGCGGCCCACCCUCAGGACUCCGCCUACUCUUACAGAGAUGCAAAAAAGAAACUGAGGCUUGCUCUCUGCUCUGCGGACUCUGUUGCUUUCCCAGUGCUAAGCCAUUCAACAAGGAAUGGUUUGCCAGAUCACACAGACCCAGAAGAGAAUGAAAUUGUAUGCUUCUUAAAAGUUCAAAUAGCCGAAGCAAUUAAUUUACAAGAUAAGAACUUAAUGGCUCAACUGCAGGAAACUAUGCGUUGUGUGUGCCGCUUUGAUAACAGGACUUGCAGGAAACUGCUGGCCUCCAUCGCCGAGGACUACAGGAAAAGGGCCCCCUACAUCGCUUACCUCACCCGCUGUCGCCAAGGACUGCAGACCACGCAGGCUCACCUGGAGAGGCUGCUGCAGAGGGUGCUGCGGGACAAGGAGGUGGCCAAUCGGUACUUCACCACCGUCUGUGUGCGGCUGCUGCUGGAGAGCAAGGAGAAGAAGAUCAGGGAGUUCAUCCAAGACUUUCAGAAACUCACAGCAGCUGAUGAUAAAACUGCUCAGGUAGAAGACUUCCUGCAGUUCCUCUACGGCGCCAUGGCCCAGGACGUCAUCUGGCAGAACGCGAGCGAGGAGCAGCUGCAGGACGCGCAGCUGGCCAUCGAGCGGAGCGUGAUGAACCGCAUCUUCAAGCUUGCUUUCUACCCCAAUCAGGAUGGGGACAUUCUCCGUGACCAGGUUCUCCAUGAACAUAUCCAGAGAUUGUCGAAAGUGGUGACUGCCAACCACAGAGCGCUGCAGAUCCCGGAGGUUUAUCUUCGGGAGGCGCCGUGGCCAUCCGCGCAGUCGGAGAUCAGAACCAUCAGCGCUUACAAGACCCCACGGGACAAGGUGCAGUGCAUCCUGCGGAUGUGCUCCACCAUCAUGAACCUGCUGAGCCUGGCCAACGAGGACUCGGUCCCCGGGGCGGACGACUUCGUCCCCGUGCUGGUGUUCGUGCUGAUAAAGGCAAACCCUCCCUGUCUGCUGUCCACUGUCCAGUACAUCAGCAGCUUCUAUGCCAGCUGUCUGUCCGGAGAGGAGUCCUACUGGUGGAUGCAGUUCACAGCAGCGGUGGAAUUCAUUAAAACUAUCGAUGACCGGAAGUGA